UAUAGGGCAUAAAAAGCAAAGCUGUGAACAAGAAUAUGCAUCACGCAUUUAUAUAACAACAAAGAAAGAAACUUUUAGCUAAGGGAAAAAAGAAAAGAAGAAGAAGAAAGGAGGAAGGGAGAGAGAGCAUGAGUUUUGUUAGAAAAAAUCACGAGAAGAAGGAAAGAUAAAAGAGAAAAAACAAAGGGCAGUUGAGAAUAUAGCUAGGCUUAUCGCAUGUUUGCUUCACGCAAGCAGCUAAAUGGGGGAGGGGGUUUGCUCUAUCGCGUGGCUUUAAAGACUUCAUCUAGCGUUUUAAGUCCCCAUUAAAAAACCCAAAUACCAGAAAGCAACACCCACCAACCAAACCCUAGACCAUCCUCCGGCCCUCUUCCUUUUCUCCUUCUCCUCCUUCAAGUACCCCAUCUAUGCAAACCCUAAUUAUGUGAUACCAUAUUCUUUAUUUUCUUUUCUCUUUUCCGAAAAGCAGAAAGAAAAAGAAAAGAAAUGAGUUCAACAGCAAAUCCUAGCAGUAGCGGAGGCAGUGGCGGUGGGGGUGGUGGGAGCAGCAGCAGCAGCAGCGGUGGGAGCGGGCCAUGUGGCGCGUGCAAAUUUCUGAGGAGGAAAUGUGUGCCAGGGUGUAUAUUUGCUCCUUACUUCGAUUCAGAGCAAGGUGCAGCCCAUUUUGCAGCGGUGCAUAAGGUUUUUGGUGCAAGUAAUGUGUCAAAACUUCUUCUACAUAUUCCAGUCCACAAACGACUGGAUGCGGUGGUUACUAUUUGCUACGAGGCUCAGGCUCGUCUAAGAGAUCCAGUCUAUGGCUGCGUCUCUCACAUCUUUGCGCUACAGCAACAGGUGGUGAAUCUACAAGCAGAGCUCUCAUACUUGCAAGGCCAUCUAGCGGCAUUAGAGCUUCCGUCACCACCACCUCCUCCACCCCCACCACCAACACUUGUGACUCCGCCUUCUCGCUCAAUAGCUGAUCUUCCAUCAGCCUCUUCCAUUAUGCCUGCGGCCACUUACGACUUGUCGUCACUUUUUGAUCCCAUGACACAACCUUCAUGGCCCAUGCAGCAGCGGCAAAUGGAUAUACGUCAAUUUGGCGGAAGCAUGGCCGGCGGCUCAUCAUCAGCAACAAGUGGUGGUGGAGAUCUUCAAUCGUUGGCACGUGAGCUCCUCCAUAGACAUGGAUCGCCACCGCAAGGUUCCAUGUCAUGUACCGGUUCCUUAUCAUCACCAUCAAUCUCUAAACGAGACUGAUCUUAACUAUUAACUGGUUCUUGCCACAAAAAUUUCUACUCAUCAGAUGGUAACCAUAGAGCUUAAUUUUUCUAUGCAAUAUCACUGGGCAAGUAGAGUUUGAUGAUUUGUUACCUUUUUUUUUUUUUUUUUUUAACUCCGCUCCUUGGUUUAUCCAUUUUAUCAAAAAGUUAAAGUGAAAUUCAAUUAAUUUUGCUUUAUCGAAACUUGGUGGCAGGAAUUCAUGCAUAUAUCUUGUUCAAGUUCUAUACUGUAUUUGCUAUGGCGUAUUA